UAAUAUAUUUGCUUGGAAUUAUUAAAUAAAUAAUUCAUCUACGGUAUCAAUUUUGCGUGAUAAUGCAGUACGGUUUAGCGAUCAGGUACGUUCAUUUAUGUAUCACCUACGGUCAACUUAUUCUGUACGAAACACAGAUACGUUCAGUAUCUCGAGAUGCGCGAGUUAACAAUUGCGUACUCCAUUAUGCCAUAUCUCAUCUUAAAUUUAUUUACGAGCCUAUAAGUAAGUUUUAACCCCCCUGAGUUUUUGUCUUCUCAUUCUGAACAACAACAUCCUCAAGAUCUCCAUUCACAGCCCAAGUUAUCUUCUUUCCCACACGAAAAUAUCUGAUCACGAAAACAUUCUACGAAAACUGCAAGAGUAUCUCACAAUUAUCCUUCACCGAAUUAUCUAUCAGCAAACAUGUCAAAUACAGGAAACAUCGAUGGAGUCACUAGACGUUUAGGCGAUAUCAGAAGACGCAACCGACCCAAUCAGCGACGAAAUCACAACCAUGUUCCUUCGCGAGGUACUCCUGAAACUUCCCAAGUUCCCGUAGCUUCUCGCAUCUCUACUUCUGCAUCCCAAUCAUCCCCUUCCAACCCAAACGCUGAAUCUCGAUCAAUGCACGGUCAGCGAGGAGCACUGCAAGAAGCUUCUGCUGUGACGGUUCAAAUUUCACUACAGCGCGAAUCGGUAGCCUUAGGGGACAGAGAACCUAUCUCAAAUGAACUUCCUAUCGAAGACACCAGCCGUGUCCGCAUUGAAGUAUUAGAGAGCGAAGUUCACCAGCUACAUACCCGCAUUGACCAACUACAGAUCCGCGUUUAUCAACUACAGACAAGUAUUGCUGAGCCGCCGACCCGCAUUGAACAUAUACAAGCCAGCGUCAACCUAUUUCUGAUCCGUAUCAAUCAGCUAAAAAGCCGUGUUGAACAAUUACAAGGCUGCAUUGAUCAACUCCCGACCCGUAUUACUCAACUACAACCCCACUUUAGCCCUUUCCCGAGCAAUUUCGAAAGUUUACAGGGUCGCAUGUAUCAAUUGCGGGUUCGCGUUGAUCAUUUAAAGUCACGCAUUGAACUAUUACAGACUCGCAUUGACCAAAUGCCAUCCCAUCUUAACGGAUUACAAACCCGCGUGGAACAUUUACAGCAGGCACUCCUUGUCUUGCAGGACGAAACGAAUGCGAACCGGGCCACUCCAAAUAAUCGUCCCACACUCUUCCCCGACUUCCCUCCUCCUAUUCUAGAAAGACCUAGACUCAAUGCAAUUCUAGCUACUUAUCAAAACAAAGUCUGCCAGAUGCGCAAAACCGCUAUUGAGAAUCUUCUUCAGUCUGUUGAUGGAUCGUGGGAGAAUAUCGAUCCGUGUUUUUGUGGUGAUUCAUAUGCGCUUGUGACGGCUGCGGAGGAGUCUCAUGCGCCUGCUAGGAUGCCAAAGUGUGGUCAUGUUUUUGGGAGGCCUUGUAUUGCUCUUUGGUUGAAGGAGCAGAAUACUUGUCCUUUGUGUAGGGAUGAGGUUUAUUUGCCUUCGACGGAGAGGGAGUAUUUGAUGGGUUAUCGUUGAGUAGGGGGGAGAAUGGAUGGGUUGGUGGUUGGUGGUUGGUUUUGGGAAACACGUUGAGGGGUUAGAUAUUAGUGGUUGUUUGACAUGGGAGGAGUUUUACUUACUUGUGAUUUCGGAUGUUAUUUGAGGAGAUAAGGAUAGUUCAUUGGCAACUUCCCAGAAAGAAGGAUAUGAAAUGGUUUAUUUUCGGUGUAGAGGGGACAUAUCGAAUAGGAGUCGGGGAACAGGCAAUGGGAUAAGAUAGAUGAGAUACCAAUGUUAACAACGUCUUUAAAUAUCUUCUUU